AAUCAACGAUUCGUAAUAGGGGUGUCGCGGGUGGAUGUGGGGUGGGUAUUUGCGUAGGGGAGUUCAUUUUGUGAAAUCUUUUAAAAAAAAAUUAAUUUUAAGUAUCUUGCGUUAAUAAAACAAAAUAAAAACAAUGUCCCAUCAAACAGGAAUUAAAGCAAACGAAGGUUUAAAGAAAAUUUUCGCUAAAUGCAGAGACGGCAAAAUAAGAGUAUUAAAAGUUUCAAUUGAAAAUGAGGAAUUAUCUUCUUCCUCAUCAUCGAAACCUGUGGGUAAAUGGCAAGAUGAUUAUGAUAAAAUGAUAAAACCAUUGAUUGAAGAAAAUCAGCCAGCUUAUAUUCUUUAUCGUCUUGAUACAAAAUCUGAUUCUGGUUAUGAUUGGCUUUUUAUUUCUUGGUCGCCGGACACUGCACCAAUUCGGCAAAAAAUGCUUUACGCUUCAACAAAGGCAACUCUUAAACAAGAAUUUGGCACGGCAUCAAUUAAAGAAGAAUUACACGGCACAGUGCCGGAAGAUAUAAAUUUGGAUGGUUAUCAUAAGCAUAAAAGAAAUGAUGCUGCCCCUGUACCAUUAACAACUGCUGAGGAAGAAUUAGCUGAAUUGAAAAAAACAACAAUUCACACGGAUUACAGUGUUGAAACGAGACAUCAAACACUAAGUGGUGUCGCUUUUCCCGUGUCAGAUGAAGCAAAACAAGCAAUUACCGAUUUAGGAAAAGGAAUUCACGAUUAUAUACAAUUGAAAAUUGAUAUUGAUGAAGAGAAAAUUCAUUUGGUUACAGCGGGCGAUGUUUCUUUAGAUAAAUUACCGACAAAAGUUCCUUCAGAUUCUGCGAGAUAUCAUCUUUUUAGUUUCAAACAUACUCACGAAGGAGAUUAUAUGGAAUGUAUAGUUUUCAUAUACAGUAUGCCAGGAUAUAAAUGCAGUAUUAAGGAAAGAAUGCUCUACUCAUCAUGCAAAGCUCCACUUCUCGAUUUUAUUCAAUCAUUAGGCGUAAUCAUUGCCAAAAAAUUGGAAGUUAAUGGCGGAGAAGAAUUAGCUGACAUGUUGGAAGAUCCUCCAAUCAUAAGGGAACCGGGUACAAAUACGCCAGCAACUCCGUCAACGCCGUGUAACAAUUCGAUUCCAUUUACCGAUAACAAAAAGUACAAGCAAAAGCGUUCUUGCGUUUUGAGUUAACAAAAUUAAAUUUUUGAAUAAUUUUCCGUCUAAACUGGUUUUCGUGUUUCGAUCGUUAAAAAUCCUUUUAUCACAAAAUUUACAUUUGUGAUAGUAAAAUAAGACUUUUUUUUAUGCCCCUCAUUAAGUUUAUAUUCAGUCAGCUUAUAAAGCAGAUUAAAACUUUACUUGCCAAAUGAUCUGACAAAAAAAAAAAAGAUUGACAACGAGAUUAUAUUACAAUUUCUUUUUUCUGAUAUAAAUUUUUUUUUUAUUUAGCAUGUAAGUUGACAAAGAAAAAUUGAAUUCUUCCAAAAGGUGAGGAUUUAACUGCUUUUGAAGAGCUGAUAAACAAAAAAAAAAAAAAAAUCUUAAAAAAACAAACUAAAAACUUGAAAAUACAAAACCUUCUUCUCGUAAACGUUUAAAUGACAAAGAUAGUUUAUGGGUUUUGAAAAUCUUAUUCAAACACUGAUUUUUAUUAGUGUAUUGUGACUCGUAAAGUUCUAAAUAUCAGAUUAUUAACAGAGUUUGAUAUUUAAAAUGUUUAAAGAUUUUUUUUUAAAUAGAGAAACGCUUUUUAUUAACAAUUUCUUCAAGAAAUAUAUAUAUAUUUAAUUAAACAAGUGAUAUAAAUGCUUAUGUAGAAAAACGUAAUAGAUAAAGAAAAAACAUAUUUUUCUAAAUUACAAAAAGUGAAAAUUCCAUAUAACUUUGAGACGAUAAUAUCUAACAAUUGUAACGCGUCUGUGGUAAGAAAAAAAAAUAAGAAUUCCAUAUUUUAAUAAUCUAGCAAACACUAGGAGAACAAGAGUCAUUUUUAUUUUAUCUUUGAGAUUAAGCUCGUGAAUUUUUACUAUUCUUCCUCCGUAAUGAAUGGAAGUUGAGUCUCACGAAUUAAGUCUACUUAGAUUUAUUAGUUUGAAGCCGCUUGCAUAUUAAUAAAUAUAAUUAAUUAUCAUUAAUAACAAUUAAAACAAUUUCUUAGUCAAUAAUAAUUUUUGACCCAUUGUUUUUAAUAACAAUUACCAAUAUCUAUAAAUAGAAUAUUAAACAAAAUAUAAUAGAGAUUGAAUUUCAUUAAAACGCACAAAUAAUAAAGUGCAGACUGAUAAAUCAGUGAUUCAUAUAUAUUUAAAAAGAUUUGCUCAAUUAAUUAAACCGAGUCUUGCUUAGUUCCUAGUCUUGAGAAAGUGAUAUACGUAUAAGUUUUGUCGUUUAUAAUUUUAUUAAAUACUAAACUCAUGAGACUCGACUUCCAAAAAUUCGAUAAAACGGAUAUAUAAUUUUAUAAGUAUAUAGAAUUUGAUGCUGUAAGGAAAAAGUGAUUUUAUCUGAAAAAACUUUGGCAGUUAAGAUGUCAUUAUGUGAUUAGAAGAGAGUUGGGUAAAAUUCCAAGUUUAGAUAUAACUUAAAAAAAAAGCCCUCGCCUAACUUCUCUGUACAUUUUUAUCAACGAUAUUGUAUUAGCCAGAGGAUCUGAUAUAUAUAUAUAAAUAUAAAUUAUAUAUAUGUGCAAAAUAUUCUUGCCCACAUGUUGGAUGUAGACAAAUAUUUAUAUAUAAAUAUAGUCGGUUCGCGAUCGCGUUUAGUGAUAAUACAAAUAUUAUAAUGUUAUCAACGCAUAUUAGUUAAACAAUAUUCUCUAUACUCUUGUAAAAAAAAAAAAAAAUUGACUUUCACAAAAAUACAAGUAAUUUGUAAGACUGACUGUGCGAGUCUCAUUUGCCUAAAACAAACUUUUACAUUCACAUUUCUUUAAUCCGAUUUCUAAUUAAAAUAAAAUUUAUAAAUUGAAAUUUCGAUGCGAAAUAAAAAAAAAGGAGAAAAAAUAAUUUAUUUUAUUAUAAAUCAAUAAUUAUGUUUUUCUUCUCUUUUUUUUCAUUUUUCAUCAAUAUUAUUGUUUCGAAAUUUUUCGAUUGUACCUGAUAAUUAAAUUAAAAAAAAGAAAUUUUUAAUUUAAAAUCACUUAAAUUUGUUAAUUAAGAAUUUUUUUUUUCGUCAACGUGAAAAAAUUUCAACGACCAAUAUUUUAAUUAAUCGGAAUAAAAGGAUAUCGAUGAAAAACGCACUAUUUUGAAAAUUUUUUUUAGGGCAAAUGAGACUGUGAGAAAAGAAAAUUCCAGAAGUGUUCUAUUUUUUGUGAUGCAUAUUUUUUUAAAGCCAAUUUGCGGCAGGACAUAUACUUGUCGCAAUCCUCAAAUAUUUUUUUAAAUGUAACGUAGCUUUUUUAUAAAAAUCAAUCUCGAAAUUCGCAUCCAGUCAAAAUAUUGCGACUUGUUCAAAUUUAAAAAGAUCAAGAAUAAUAAUUAAUCAAAAAAAGAAAAACAAAAAAAAAACAGUAGUUUAAAUAGUUAAGAGCAUGUAAAAUAUAAUUAAAAUUCAGCUCUACGAUUAUAAAUCAAUGAUUCUAAUUACACUUGGCUUAAAAUGAUUAUUAAGUAUUUAUAAUUGUUAUUUUUUAAAUUUUACAAAUGAUGUUUCAGUAUAAUGUGUGAUUAAAAAAAGAAAUUUGUUAAGACUAUAAAAAUAUUUCUUCCAUUUUCUGAGAAUUUAAAAAUUCAGGAACUUUAAAGUCUUAAUUUUUUAAUACCCAGAGAUAUAUAUAUAUAUGUAACAAUUUUUUUAGAUUAUAAAAAUUAAAGACGCACAUAUUGUAAGCCUGAACACAGUUUUCUUUUCUUUUUUUUUU